GCAAAUAUGAUUAUCCGGACAGUAUUCGAAAACAUGAGUGCGCGGCGGGAAGCGUGGAAGCGGCUUGGUCUGUCGGCGGACCAGAGUCAAGAGAAGCGACGGCAGGAUGCCAUGGACAGACAGAAACAAGCUCGUCGCGAUCUUACGAUGCACGUGCGUUCGUUGGCGCUACCAAGUGUCGACAACGAACUGGAAGAGCUGACGAUCACGAUGAUGGACGCCGAGAUGGAGAUUUCAACGGCGGCAUCCAAGAGCCGCAAGAAAACCCGUGAGGACCGUGUGAAAGCCCGUCGCAGUCACUUUUCGAACCAGUUGAUGCAUCCCGAAUGGAUGGUGGACGUCCCAUCGACGUUGGUGCAAGCAUCGUCGACGUCUGGGAAACUCGACCACGACGACGGAUGGCUUGCCCUGCCGCGGCCAGACGGCAAACGGUGUCUUGUGAUUUCCUCCAACGGAAGUACGGUCGCGCGCACCAUAAGUGGCAGCAUCUUGAAGAAAUUCCCAUCGACCCUUCCAUGUGGCUCGCGCAAAACGAAUACCGGGCAAGACCAGUACUGCGUUCUUGACUGCAUCUUCCACGAAGCCAACGACACGUUUUACGUCCUCGACGUCAUGUGCUGGAAGGGCUACCUCUUGUACGACUGCUCGGCCGACUUUCGACUGUAUUGGCUUCGUGACAAGCUGGCCGAAACCACCGCGUCCAAAGUAUCGAAUGCAAACCCGUAUGCGUUCGAGCCCGUGCCAGCAUAUGAAUGUACGCUCGACGGAUUGGACACUGCGUACUCCACCACGUACCCCUUUACCAAGGACGGGUUGUUGUUUUACUGCAAAGCUGGCAUGUAUACAUUGGGCCUGACUCCAUUGGUGUUGUUGUGGCGCGACCGCCACACCAGCUUAUACGAGAACCAGCUGUCGAUUGUACUGCAAGUGCUAGACGACGGAGUGUCGUGCGCUACGCUGGAGAACGUGGUGCUGUUCACGUUUACCCCAGAGCUUGCCUUAGCUGAAGAGGUUUCAUUAUAUUGCUGUUUGCUUUUUAGUAUAAAAAAAUAUAUAGGUGGUGCCAGGGGACUUGGUGCGGGUGUCCGUGGCGUCGAUUGAAUGGCAGGACAACUUGAUUCACGUGACCGACGCUGUGUUUCAGAAACGAUGUUCGCCGCAACGAGGGAUUGCCGACAGCUGGACCAAACUGGCGCACGUCGGCCAAUCAACGUGCUCCAUGGCGCUGCUGCGAUCGGUGUUGAGCGACGAUGGCAAGGAUGCUGUCAUGAUGCACGACCAGUAGGUAUACACGAGGCGAGAAAAGAGGGCGAGCCGCCGAACUCGACGCACUUUUCAGUUGGCAAAAGGAUAUGAAAUAUAUUUGCCAAAAUGACCGAUAAAGUAUAUUGAUUUGUCAUCUAUAAUGGUC